AUGUGGAAGUCGGAGUCUACCUUCGAAUUAAUCGCCCUAGCCCACGAUUACUACAUAGCGAAGUUUGAGUCGCUAGCGGGCUACGAAUUGGCCAAGUUUGGGGGACCUUGGAUGAUCUUAGGACACUAUCUGGUGGUUAAAGAAUGGGAGCCCAAUUUCAUCCCUUCCAAGAACAAGACCAAGAAGCUGCUAGUAUGGGUUCGGUUUCUGGAGCUACCAAUAGAGUAUUUCGACGAGGAAUUCCUCAAGAAGAUAGGGAAAACAAUAGGUCGGCCGGUAAAGAUCGAUACAACGACCAGUUUGGCAUCCAUAGGAAAGUUCGCGAGAGUCUGUGUUGAAAUUGAUAUCACUAAACCAUUAUUGUCUAAAUUUGUCCUGCAUUUCAUGGAUUGGCCCAUUGAGUAUGAAGGGAUAAAUCUGAUUUGCUUCAAGUGUGGCAUAUAUGGCCACCAUCAAGAGCAAUGUGGCAAGGAAGGAGUUGAAGGAGUGGCCACUUAUGGGCAGAACGAAGAAACCUCUGCGGCAGCAAUCUCACCGGUGGAGAAGCAAAGGUCGCAGGAGAGGUUUAGGGCUUGGAUGCUCGUUACUCGGAAAGAAAGAAGAGGUCGAACCAAGAACAACGUUCAACCAGGUGUUCGUGGGGCGGGAGCAGGAAGCCAAGUAGCAACCAAUAAUGCCCCGGCGUUCGAAGGUCUUGGGGAUCAAUCGCGUUUUUCCACCCUUGAUGGCUUGGGCGAAAAUAUGCAGGAACAGAACAACCAAGACAUGGGGCUGGAAUUUCAACAACUAGCCACGGCCCUAGCUAGGAUUGGGAGACGCACAAGCUGA